CCAGUGUACUCUCCUGCCGUACGACGCCGUGGCGCGCGCGUUGUGUUGUUUAGUGGGACGCCCGCUUUGGCAGACGCGCAUUGAGCUCGCCGCCCGGCCGUCGCACCGUGUGCUGUGCUGUGCAACGUACCCGUGCCGUGUGUUGUGACGGUGUGCGUACUACUUGCCGUGUGCGCGCGUUUAUCCUAGGCGCUCGUAAGCACGGCGGACCGUGAGCAUCAGCACCAACGCCCGACCGCCGCCGGUAGCAGCAGCAGCAGCAGCCCCUCGCUGCAUGCCGCGCGUUGGCUCCGCUGCGCCGUCGCAGCGUCCACAACGACCCGCCGUGUGGCCGCGUAGAUGGAGGUGUUCGGCUGCUGGCCCACCACCACCCGUCGUGCUCGGAUCGCCCCACCCUGUUCGUCGUCAGUGCCCCCGAACUGCCGCCUGUGUAGCUGCCCCAUUCAGCAGCCUCCGCCGCCGCCCAAACUUCAGGGGUACCCGUUGAGCCUCACCAAGGAUUUGAAAGACUCGUUGAACGCCCUGCAGCAAGCGGAGCAAGCGCCGCCGCACCAGGCAUCGCCCGAUAACCGUUGGCUAGAGGAGGAACACUACUUGGCCGCCCGAGGUGUGGGCUGGGGUGCCGCGUUCAACAGCAUGAGUUGCCUGCAGCUCUCCAACUCCAUCCUCCAGAUGACCGCCAGCUCGUGUGGCAAGGCGAGCUCGUCGUCGGCGGCCUCCGACGAAGCGUCCUCGGUGCGCCAGCUGCUGCUGAGCGGCGGCUCGUCGUCGUCCAGCCUCGGCUCGUCGUCGGCCCCGGACAGCGGCUAUGGGCUGCCCUUCUGCAUGGACGAUGACCAGGCGACCGAGACCGCCGCACCGCCCGAGGCGGCGCUGACGUUCCACCUGCCGGACGGGGGCACCCAGCGCAUGGUGGUCGAGGAGAACCUCCGCUGCAUCGACCUGUGUCAUCUGCUGACGCUCAAGCUGAACGUGGCCCGAUCGCCCACCUGGACGCUCGUCGAGAGGAUCGCGCAGCCGAGGAUCGAACGCAGCCUCGAAGACCACGAAGAGGUCCUCCAAGUGUACGCAUCCUGGGGAAAGAACAAGGAGCACUGUGGGAACAAUUUCUUCUUCCGGCAAGACUUCAGGAAAUAUGAGUUCUUCAAUUCUCCCCUGCUCCCUUCCAAUUCCCAGCAAUUCUUCUCUCUGGACAUGGUGGAUCUAGGGCCUCAGCUUGACUGCCUGGCAGAGUCAACCGAUCUUGCAAAAUUGAUAACCCUGCAGAACAUCCUAAGCCAAGGCGAGCGUUGUCCCGUGGUGCACAGCCUGCUGUGGUACCGGGAGCCCGGGAAACAGUCCUGGAAGCAGUCAUACUUCCGAGUAGAAGACGGAGAGCUCUCCGUUCUCCCAUCAGGACACAAGGACGAAACGUGGCAGCUGCAACACAUUGCCAGCUUGAAGGACUGGAAUAUCUUUGUGCCAUACGACAAAGGCCUGAGCGGACCAACAGCGUUCCAGUUCUGUCUGAAGCCCACGAGAUCCAACAGCACUGGAAGCAGCGAUCUAAUGUGGUUUUGCAGCAGCACAGAACAGCAGCGCCAGUGCUGGAUCAUUGCACUCAGACUUGCAAAGUUUGGGAAGAAGCUGCGUGAAAACUACAAAGAGCUACGGUCCCGCUACUCUGAGCACGCAUGGGCCGCAGAGCCCGACCGGGACCCCAUGUCGUCUCCCUGGGUUGCAAUGGACUUCACAGGAAGCAAGGGGCGAGUCAUCGAGGACCCCCAGGAAGCAGAAGCUGUAGCAGCAGCUGAGGCUCAAGUCUGGAAGAGGAAGCUGCCCUGCUGCCGGUCAGGUCAGGCUUCGCCAACAGCAAUGCCACAGCCAAGCGGGCCUCCUCCCCAAUGGGCAGGGUCUGCAGCCACAGCUGAGCUGGGGCUGCAGCAUAUGCAGCCCUGGUUCUACAGUGGCAUGUCACGUGAGGAAGCCAGCCAGCUGUUGCUCAAGCAUGGCACAGUCGAUGGCGUUUUCCUUGUCCGGCAAAGCCUCACUAAGCCCGGCUCCUACGUGCUCUGCUAUGUGUACAGAGGGAAGGUCCACCAUGUGCAGAUUAUCUCCGUGGAAGAGAAGGACCAGCUGUGCUACUCACUUGACAAUGGCCGCACCAAGUUCUACGACCUCCUGCAGCUGGUCGAGUUCUAUCAGCUAAACCUGAGCUACCUUCCCACCAAGCUAACGCACUUCCUGGUACAUCAGCCACGCCGCAAGUGCACGCCACCUUCCUCCUCACCGUCGGCACCCAGUCCCUUCAAUUAACCAAGUGCCCAGUCACUAGCAAGCCCAUCAUAUGCUUCAACCCUGCCAUCUGAAACAUGGAUGUCCCCAGCGGACAGUGUAGUGCGCUGUUCAGGAUUGGUGUGACUUACGUUUGUGUGAGCUCAACAACAUUGUGCUGUGCAACGUGUUUUCUCGAGGUGGAAGAAGGUAACGGAGCGUGUCUGGAACCGCACUGGAGCAGCGGCCAUUUGCACAGAACCCCCGCCCCCCGACCAAGUUUGUUCACGAGCGCGCCAUGGGACGCUCUAACCAUCGUACUUGUGUGUGCAGCAGGACAGGACAGACUUUGUGGCACAUGCUUCCUCUCGUUCUGCUUUUUUUUUCCCCCAGUGGUUAAGUGAGGCCCCAUUAUUGCCUCAUCUUGUAUUGUAGUUAUUUAUUUGUGUCUUUGCUGGCUGGCUGGCUGGCUUGGGUCCCUGUCAAAGAACUGUAGAGCCAGUUUGAUGCUUCCCCUCGCCUCACUUUUUGUUUGCUCAUCAUCUUGUUUCUGGUCAUCCAGCACUGUUCUCCUCCUCCUCCAUUGAAGAGUAUGAGAGCAAUGUCCAAAGAGUCACUGGGCUUGCACAAAGGUCUGAGGUGUCUUACACACGUUGCGCAGAAGCCAUGUGAAUAUUCAGCCUUGCUAUUUGAGCUGUUAAUUGUACACCUAAUUAUGCUUCAUCUUGAGCUGCGCACCUGAGAAUAAGCCUGACCUGUUUUUUUCAUUGGCGUGAUGCUAGCCUUUAUAUGUUCAUAAUUAGUUGACACUGGAAAACCAAAUGGAGCCUGAACUGCUUUCAUUGUCAGAUGUGUCACAACAGUUGUGUUCACUGUAAUAUUCUGUGCAGUUUUUUGCAUGUGUAAUACUUACAUGCUAAGCAGUGUACAUAGUGAGAGGGCACUUAGGAACAGCACACUGUACACGUGUCUGUAGGGUGCUCUUAAUCCUUGAUCCUACCUCCUACAAUGCAUGUUGUCUCAGUACUGCAUGGUGUGGUGCCCGAUACUUAUUUCUUGACUUUCUUACAAAAUAAAUGAGAACCAUCGAACCGUAGGAAAAGGCUUUAUAAUUAUUUGCUUAAUGGCAGUCAAAAAGUUUUUCAUUUGCGUCCUAAAUGGGCUGGCAGGGAAGAGUGAAACCCAAAUGUAGCUGAACUUCUGUGUUAACGGGUGUGCACCUGUAGAUUGGUGUGCAAAACCAGUAAGACUGCUUUUGGCAGGUGCAGGGAACAAUUGCUUUUCACACAGGCUGUCUCUCAUUGUACUGAUCAUUUGUUCUCUCAGGAAUUGCCUAAAUACUGCUGCAUGUGUGACAUUUGGGAAGAAAACCCUUAUCUAGGGUCUUGUUGGAGUGACAUCUGCGUCUGCUGUAGGAUGACGUCCAUGUGUUGGUGGUGUUGGACGGAGCAGCAGUGUAAUUGAUGCUAGUGGCUGACACAUAUUUUCUUUAAAUUCUGUUAGGAGCACCUUCUAGUUGAGUAAAUUUAAGGAAUAGUUGUUGUAGAUAUAUUUUUUGUAUGCAUUUAACUGUGCUAAAGUUACAAUUAAAGAUGUGUCUUGUUGUGCCUAAAACAUUUUUUUUUUUUAAUUCUCUCAAGGCCUUUUCUCCAAAUUAGAGAUACAGAUAUGUAGUGAAGGUACUGCGUCAUUCUUUUCACAAAAUACUUUGUCCCAGAAGCCCUACCUUCUCUACUGCUAGUGUGUGCUAAGGAGGAGUGUUCACUAUGCACAAAAAUAACUACGUUGUGUAAAAGGCGAUCCUUGAGCUAGCUUCCAUUUGUGGUUCUUCAUUUUCCUGGUGUCUUCGAUGCUUCUUUGGGUGUUCCUAUCAUGUGCACACACACUGGCAUGCAAGUUUGUACAUACACAUUGUAAAUUUGGUGCCCAUAUGUCAUGUUUUACUGUGAAAUAUUUAACUAAACUAGAUGCCAGAGAACAUGUAUGUAUGUGUGCGUGUGUGUGUACUUAAGUUAUGAUUUCUCAUAGUGCACAGUUUUACUUUGGUUUGCUUACAUGUGCAUUUCUGUAAUCCUCAGUAAAACUCUUUGCUGUCUGAGUGACCCAGGAAGUGUUGGACAAUACUUCCAAUGCAACCUUUGUUCCUCGUGCAUUUGGAUUUCUCUGAUGUCUGCACGCAAACGAACAUGUCUGUGUAUGGUUCUGCGCUCUUUUGUGUGUACUCCUGUAAAAGGCUGCGAAGACUCACAUGAUCAGAGAUACAUCCAGCUCACACAGCAUAUUGUGCGAAUGGCAGUUGUAUAUACCCUCAAGGAUUUUGUAAUUUCCUUCGAGUAAUUGUUUCUGUAUUGGUUUUUCGUAUUGCUGUCUGUUCACUAUGUUGAAAGAUAAGUUAUUUCAGUCUAUUCACUUGAGUCAGGAUAUUGAAGAAAUGUUCCUAACAUAUUGCAAAAAUUCAGUCUGUUUUGCAAACCACUGUGUAUCAUUAGCACUUCCAGGAACUUGCUUUGGCUAAUUUUGAUUUUAAAAGUACUGGUAUAUGUUGCUGACCUUCUAAAGGUUUGAAACAAGCAGUACAUGAUGUCUUCCCAACUCAAACUGAGCAAAGAUGGUAGCUGCAAAUGCCGGGAUCUGCCUUGAACUUUGAGUGGUAGCAUUCUUUCUUUUCUCAUAAUGGGUGGUAUGCAAGGAUGGUAUUGUAAGACAUAUUGUGAUUUGUGUGGAGCUGGAGCAUUUUUCACUGUCCAGCACUGCCUCAGUUUUUACAGAGAGACCUUGUCAGGUAGCAAGCCAUUCUUGUGCACUUUUAUUUAUAAAGGCAUUGCUUGAUUGAAUGAUCUCACACUGCUGCCAGUCAAGCUCAUUCUUUGUCAUUCAAGUUGUGUGCGUAGAGAAUGGAGGCAACAUGUGCAUAGUCACAACACUUCAAAGUAUCAUUUAUCCUUGCGAGAAUAUUUGGUCAUCACGAAUUUUUUUUUUUCUGAAAAGCGUUUCCUUUUGAUAGACCUGGUUAGUUGUGUAUAGUAUCAUGUUCUAUCCAGUUCUGUUACUAUUAACUGCUUUACUGGACAUAAAGAAACUAUGAAAAGUGUCAAGUCAAGAGGCCUUUCUUGUAACACUCUUGAGUACAGUUACACUCAAUUGACUCAUGCCCUACUGUCUCGUACUGCCCACACCGCUCAAAUGCGUUCCUGAAUGAAAAACCACACAAGCCCUAGUUGUAAGCAUGAAAGCAUGAUGAAAGCAAAUAUUCAAAGCAUGCAUCACUGCAGUCAUUUCCUUUGUUUAAUCGUUGAAUGCUGUCUUGUAGCAUACUAUAUGUUGUAUGUUUGCUGGAAUGUGCAUAAUUUCAGUCUGCUUGAAUCUAUUUGCAUGAAGUGUGUUUUCACACGUGAGUUUUCGGUAACCUUUGUGGCAAAAUUGUGCACACUGUGUGUGCGGCAUCCGUAUAUUGAGCAGCUCCAAUGAAGACAGCAGCUUUACUGUGGAUUUUGAUUAGGAACAUGUUUGUAGCCAUUUGACCAGGUUGACGAGAGGCACUGGUGCGGUACGUGUGCGGUACGUGUGCUAGUGGCCAUUCAGCAAGCGUUGAGGCUGGCCUCAUUUGCUGUUCCCAUCUGGUGUGAGUUCUCACAGGCGCGUAUGCCACACUCCUCUUCCUCAAAAACUUCUCGACGCACAUUUACUCUCAGCCUCGGUUGUCUUAUGCUUCGGGCGUGCACUUUCUUUACUGCAGAUGAGGCUGCUUUGUACCUUUGACUUUGCCUGGUUUCUUCUCUGCGCUUACGAUUCUGAAUUCUAGAAUUGAAAAAUGUGUUCCGCUCAAACUGCAUCCUGGGGGUGUAUCUUGUAGCAAUUCUUUCCAUUUUCGAUUCGUUGUGCCACUUCGUUAGCCAAUUCUCAAGAUGCCACAGCCUCUUUAACUCCGUGGUUGAUCACUUUGUAUGACGGAUGAUAAGUGAAUAGAAUCGAAAGAAAAGAACGCUUGCAAAAUACAGCUCCCACAUGAAUUUUGUCGGUACUCACACAUGCUUUGGGUAGGCAGCUUGUUGCUGGCAUUUAAUCCGACAGUCAUCUAUGAAGCGGAUCAUAUUAAUUACAGCUGAACUGAAACUUCCACUGGUGUUGGAGGUCCAACUGGCCCUGGUGUAUUCAAAAUUUUAUGGCCACCCACGAUGUGGUGCAUAUAUGUCAGCUACACCCGUGCAAAUAAGUGGUGCGAGCAUGAUAUAUAUACCAGGCUAGUUCUGACAAAAGUCAUGCCGCUGUGCUGCUUUUCUUUUUUCAUCUGCCGUAAAAGUACUUUGACUGCUGCAGCUUGACACACUCGUUCACCUGCAUGCCAAAUGCAAGCAGUUCAGCCUGCUUGAUUUACACCUGUCGGGAAAAACAUGUGGCUUAGGCCAGUUUGCUUGUAACUGCUGGGCCUCGCACAGUGCACUAUGUGUCUUUUCACUGUCUACUGUAAUAAAACUCCAGCAUCAGUGGCCUCUGAAAAAAUAACAGUUCCAAAGAAAACCUGGAGAAUGAAAGCCUGAAAGUGCACAGAUUUGUGUGAAGAGCAGGGCAAUUUCAUUCACUUGACAUCACAGGGUUACAAUAUGUUACCAAUAGCAACACAUGCAUCCAGCAUGCUUAACUCGAAAGAAAGGUAGCUUGCCAGCAACAUGGCACACUCGCAAUUUGCUGUUUUGAAGAAGAAAUUACGUUUUUUUUUUUCCUAGCACAAUCGUGCACACCUUUUAAAGAAUAAUUUUUACAAGGAAUGAGCAGGUAACUACAGUAUGCUGUGCUUUGCGCUGGGAGAUAAUCUGCUCUCAAAGCGGUUUAUCAUAGAGACAGGUAACUGAUGUCUUUGCGAGAACAAGGCAAAUAUGCAACUGUUGGGAGUCAUAUGUGUCUCUUCCGGAAUGUGCCCACUGUCUCGAGUGUUUAUUUAUUGCGAUUAUCAUGUGUCGUUCGUAUUACGUUUUGUGUCACUAUUUGAUGAAAAAAUACAGUAAACCAAAAAACGAAUUGUGAGUCUAUGCAAUAAAAAAUUUGAGUAUUCACAGCA